UCGAUGUAGUUGGUGCGAGUGAUAGUGGAAAUUUGGUGACGCGUUGGUCAGUUAUGUGAAUUAAAGUUUAGUGAUUUUGUGAUACAAAAAAAUCUUGUGAGUGUUUUGAACCAAUUUACACGAUAGUUUGUGAGUUAUGGCUACCGGAUCUACCGAAGCGGCGUUUUCUUCCUCCUCGCCGGCGCUCCACAGUUUCAAUUCAAAUUUAUUAAAAUCUGAUGCCAACAAGUUUUGUUAUGGAGCUCAAGUUUUGGCCACGGCUUCAACGGACAGUUUCUGGGAAGAUGAUCCGGAAGAAAAAAUUAAGAAGAAAGUGUUAUCGUGUAAAAGUAUUUUCCAUACGGGCCGGUCCCUCCAGAUAAAACAUCUUCCACGAGACGUCACGGAAGCGGAGAUCAGGGAGCUCCUCAAUGACUUCCCAGUGACCAAGAUCACGGUGACAUCCGGGGCAGGUUCCUCGAUGGCCAGGGCGGAGCUGGAAGAUCCGGAGAUGCUGGAAGAGUGGGACCGUGACAGGACGUUCCUUCUGCGUGGACAGUGUGUACCCGUGUGUCCUGCGGCGACAGAGAUGAUGUUGUGUGUGGCAAACCUACCUCUGGACUAUACGGAGGAACAGUUCAAUGCUCUAGUCAAAUCAUGUGGGGAAGUCAAACGCAGCUUCCUCAUGAUCAGCGAAAAGACUGGAGAAAGCAAAGGUUACGGGUUUGUUGAGUACAAAAGUAGAGAAAUUUCACUACCAGCAAAGAACGUCCUCGACAGGCAACAGAUCAACAACCACACGCUUGUCUGUGAUUGGCUGGACUCGAGCCACGUUACAUUUGAAUCACUCCACUCCAAGUGCCUGUUUGUAGACCGUCUUCCAAAAAACUUCCGUGACAUGAGUGAAUUUCGCAAGAUAUUUUCAUCGAUUGUCAACCCUCCAUAUUGCCAAAUUGCCCUGAAGCACGGGUGUCCACAGGAUUGGGGGCUUGUAGAGUAUAGUAACUGGGAAGACGCAGAGGCUGCGCAGACUUCACUCAAUGGGUACAAUCUGCACGGUGAAAACAUCAGGAUCAGUUAUUACAUUCCUGGAGUGCGGGCUAUCAACCUCUAUCUGCAGCUGCUUAAUGAUGCGGAACCUAAGGGAAGAUCUACUGGGCUACUUCCUGAACCAACUGGUCAAGCCAUCGUGCAAAAUCUUCAAAACCUUUUCAAACAGAAUCCUAUUUUUGCACAAAACCUGCAAAGUAUAAUUGCCAGUCAAAUACAAGCGGCUCACAGUGGUGAAAUGCCUCCAGACCCUAAAAGGGCAUCUCCCUUAGUUACUAUGCCGGAUCCAGUCAGGAAACCGAUUUAUUCUCCAUCAGGAACAGAGCUUCGAAAAUCUCCCACCAUCCCACCACCGCCACCACCAGGGCCUAGUCCACCGUUGUUCCUCAAGCCCACCCCUCCCCCACCGACCAAGAUACCAUUGCUGCCAAAUCCGUCGAUGGCUCCCCCACCCUCGAGAAGGUUAAGUCUCAGUCCCCCUGCUGGAGAAGUUGCUCCGCCUCUGCCUGUCGAAGAGGAACCCUCCCCCAGCUACUGGGCGGGACUACUGGGACAGCUAAGAGGAGGUCCUCCUACACCCGUCUCCUUCCCUGUACCUCCUCCCGAACCACCGAGUCACCCCUACAACAUGCCUCCUCCCAAUUUCAUUCGAGAGCAUGCUCCUAAUAUGCCCGUAGAGUUGCACCAGAGUCUCAUAAGUCUCCUCAGUAAUCCUCAGAACCUACAACAGAUCUUAACCAAUUUACAUUCCCUGGGUCAACCAGCCUCAGCCACACCUACCUUCACAUAUCCUGGCAUCAACCCGAUGGAUCCGUCCUGGCCAGUAGCCCCGCCUCUACCUCGCUCUCUACUCACAGUUUCUCCCAAACCUGUCAAUUUGCCACCUCCGGUGUUCCCCACAUGGGCUCCUACGUUCCUUCCCCCCUCCCCUCAACCUGUGUUCACUCCCUUCGGAUCUCCGGGCAUCAUUUGGUCACAGGCCUCACCCAUGGUCUCUCCGCAGCCUAACCCUAUGAUGACUCCUAUCGGUCAGAAGAGGAGGUUGUUACCCUCGCCCGAGCCUAGUCCAGAAGGAAACUACAUUGGUCAACAUUCUCAGGGACUUGGCGGACAUUAUGCCGAUUCCUACUUCAAGAGAAAGAAGAAGAACUGAGUUAUUUUAAGUGAAUUUCGCGUUUAGGGGAGAAGUUAUUAUUUUAAUUGUACAUAUACUUUUAUGUACCUCAAAUUUACAGUCAGGUGCUUUGCUGCCCACAAGAGUCAGACAACUGUUUAAAGCCUUAAUAUCUCAUGAUCUCGAGUUAUUAUUAAUUUAAGUAACAGCUAGAUUCAGCUGUGACGUUAUAGGCAUUAACUAGAUCCUAUUAAGUAAGUGCCUUCCUCAUUUGUGAUCAUUACAACUCGUGUAAUAGGAUUUUAUUGUUAUUAUUUUUUACGGUUUGACGUUUGUCUUAAGUUUAUUUAUUGUGAGAAAUAAAUUUAAAGUUUUGUUACAGAAGGUGGGAUCGGUAUUAUUUUUGCCUUUAUCGAUCACAGUACUUCAACUUUGAUCAGUCUUAUACUUCUUCUGUUUCUGUCAUUUAGGGAAUGGGGAGGUACAGGUUUUGAUGGCACAUGGGGCUCAGAAUGUAAGAAAUCAGCUUUUGUCGUGCUUAAAAUAUAUUUUUAUAAAUAUUGCUAUCCUCAAAUCAGCAUGACUUAGUUUUCCAUAAGUGUACUAUAUUUGAUAAUUAUUUAUAUAAAUAUAUUCGAUUAUAGGCUAUACAUAUAAAUAUAUAUAUAUUCAUACAAAUGUCUGAAGCUGCCUUAUUGAGCACAAUGGUGCAUGACAUUCGUAAAUUUUACUCACCGAGGCUAUAUAAAAAGCUAUAAUAUUAAUAAUACUCAAUCACUAGGCCUCGAAUAAUCUCAAUCUAAAGCACAACACAUUGCUUAUCGUGAGAAAUGAAUUGUGUGCAAAGCCUUUACUGUAUAAACAUAUGCCUUAAGCCUGCAGUGUGUUAGUAUGGUCUAUUAUUUUUAUUCUUAAAAGUCUGUUGAUUUUCCUUCCGUUACUUGUUCUUUUUCUGUCCAGGUGUUUGUUAAUUUCUUUUACGUUCCUUAUUUUAAUUAGCCUGUUUAUUCUUUUAUCAUGACAGUGUUAUUAUUUAUUUCCUGUUGUAUUUUGUUUUAACUUUUUUGCACGAUCAGUUUUAUUUUAGAUUUUGAUUACUGGUUCAAACUGCAAGCAUAAAUAUUAAUCAGUGUGGUUCUGAUCACACCAUUAUUUGUAUGAAGAAAUACUUUGUACUUAAUUGUAUGCAAUGUUGUGGAAUACUUAUAAAUCAGGAUCGUGGCAUUUUCAAUCUUUGCUACAUUGGUCAUGCCCAAUCACUGAAAUGUAUUAGAUCGAUCCAAUUCGGUGUUGAUAUUGUUUUAUAACGUAUAUGUAUAAUAUGUGUACUUUAAUCAUUGAUGUUUAUUCAAGAUUUUUCAUUUGAUUUUUAACCAUAAUAAACAUAAAAACUCUUGUAUUAUUAAGAAAUUUUGCAAUGAUUGUGAUAUCAGUUUCAUCUCUUGCAAAAUCGACACUCUAGAUUCCCAAUAAUCUAAACCAAAAAAUAAUUUAUAAUUAAUAGUUUAAAUAUUAUUUUCACUGGUCGAGGGAUAAGCAUUCAUAAAGGGUUGGCAAGAGGCUAGUCUGCUAUUGCCAUUUGUUUGGAUUAAUGGGUAUCUAGAUUGUAUAUUUAUCUUUUUUGAUGGAAUAGUCUAAGUAAAAAAUAGUGUUAUAUUAUUUUACAGUUUAAAUAAAUGCAUGGUUCUGAAGUUAGGUCAUGCUUCCAAGAAACUUUAAAUUGUAUAAAAGUAAAAAUAUAUAUAUUUUUCUUAGAAUAACUCUCUUUUUGUAGCUUUACUAUUUUCGUACUACAUAUUAUAAUAUACUAUAAACAUUAUGAUAGUAAUAUUGACUCUAAGUGAUAUUGUAUUCAUCAUAUAAGCAUUUUAAGUAUUUUUUGAGUGAUGUCAAGUUUGUUCUGUUGUUUUUUUAAAUGUGUUUUGCCGCACUAUAAAAUGAGUGCAAGGAUUUAUACCAGAUUCAUUUACAACCCCUUAACUGCCCUUGUUAUUUGCAUCACCCGUUAGCUCUAACUGAUUUCUAAUUUCCAAACCAAGAUAUUACUAGUACUAAAUUCCAACUUAGGUUAGUUGCUUUCAAAGUGAUAUCUUAUUUAUGACCACUAUUCUAGUUACACUAUCCACAUAAUUAUAACCGUAUAUUAAAUCAAAGAUACAAAACCUGGUUCUUGCUGUCUACAAGAAAUGUUACAAAGACUGUUAAGGGGUUAAAAAAUUGUUCAGGGAUUUUUUUCCUGGUCCCUAAAUAUAAUUGCAAAGAGUUGUUUUAGAAAGCCUGAGUUAUAAUAAUAAGCUGUUCAUAAUUUUAUCUCACCGUCCAGUUUUAUUUUAUUUAGAAAACUAGUUCAUUUGUUUUUUUUUCUUCAGAGCACAUUACAAGGCAAUGGAAUUUGAACCAUCAAAGUUUUCCUAGAUUAUGAUUUGUUGGAAAAAAUUAACAUAUUGCAUGUCUGCCCUUAUCACUGUGAGCAGUUUAUCCAUAAGUAUAGCAUUGAGCUCAAUCUUAAUAGGUGUAAUUAUGUACUACGUUUUUCUAAACUAAAUGGGUAUGGUGAUAUGAAUUUUCUAAAUGUGCACUUAAAUGCUGUUGACAUUAUUUUUAAUCUAAAUAUCAUAUAUAACAAGGUACUUUUUUCCAUCAUUUUACUCUCUUUAUCUGUUAGUGAUUUUCCCAUAUAGAGAAUAAGCUAUUACCGUAGGUCACAUGGGAUAAUGGACCCGGGACUGAUUUACUUUAUCCUUUUAAUGUUUCCAGUAGAACAAAAAAUUCAUUCAAAUUCAUUUAUAUACAAGUAAAUGACUUGUAAACUCUACGUUAGCACGGUAGAGUGAAAAUCAUUCUAUUGAAAUUUGAUGCAAACAAGUAAAACUACAACAGAGAUUAUGAGGGGUAAAAAUUGGUUUAUCCUAUUUUUUUAAUAAAACAUAAAAUUUAUUGUUUUCUUUCUAGACCACUUUGUAGAGAUAAAAAAAACCAUGUUGUAAAUUGAAGCGUUGUGGUACGGCGUUGAAGAGUGGGAGUGAUCGGCAGACUUCGGAAGUGAUCAGAAAGAGUAGGUAGUGAUUGGCAGGGGGGAGUGAAUAGCAGACACUAGGAGUGAUUGACAAAUGCACUAAAAUUAGCAGUAUUUUUGUUAGGUUCCAAAAUAACAGCUGUUUUUAGAAGCCGUUCAGUUAUCCGGCACCACUAAAGGUAUUGAACUGCAAGCGUGCAGUAUUAAGUGCAUUAGCAAGCGUCUACACCGUUCUUGGGUUUUUUUGCUCCGACAGCGCAAAACACAACUCAAGGGAAAAUCACUACUCAAUCCAACUUAAACACUUUUUUACUUGUUUAAAAUACAUACCCAAAUUUU